UCCCCUCCCCCACGCCGGCCACUCCCCAUCGCUGCGACCCCCCCGCUCCCAACCCAGCCGCCGCCGCCCCGCCCCGCCCCGCGGCCGGACCGAUCCGUCGCCCGCCUAGGGUUUGCCCCCCUCCGCCUCCCGCGUCCCCGCCGAUUCGGCUCGAUUCGUGCUGAAGCGGGCUGCUCCGGCCCGCCGCCGGCUGCCGCUCCCCCCGGCGGGUCCUCCGGUCAGCCGCCGCCGCGUCGGGAGCUAGGGUAUCGGCUCGCCGCAUUGGUUGGCGCGCGCAUGGCCAUGGUGCCCAACGGGCUCCUGCCCAAUGCGUCGGCGGGGGUGACGCGGCGCCUCGACCCCGACCGCUGGGCCGUCGCCGAGUCCCGGACCGCCGAGCUGAUCGCGCGCAUCCAGCCCAACGCCUACUCCGAGGGCCGGAGGCAUGCUGUCUACAACUACGUGCAGCGCCUCAUCAUGAACUGCCUCUCCUGCCAGGUUUUUACUUUUGGAUCAGUCCCUCUGAAGACUUACUUACCGGAUGGUGACAUUGAUGUCACCGCUUUCAGUAAUAGCGAAGAAUUAAAGGAUACCUGGGCAAAUCUAGUUAGGGAUGCUUUGGAGCGUGAAGAGAAAAGUGAAAAUGCUGAAUUUUGUGUAAAAGAAGUUCAGUAUAUUCAGGCGGAGGUAAAGCUUAUCAAGUGUCUUGUGGACAACAUUGUUGUUGAUAUCUCAUUUAACCAAGUUGGUGGAUUGUGUACACUUUGUUUCCUUGAACAGGUUGAUAACUUGAUCAAUCAAAACCAUUUAUUCAAGCGGAGUAUCAUAUUGGUAAAGGCAUGGUGUUUCUACGAGAGUCGUAUUCUUGGAGCUCACCAUGGUCUUAUAUCUACUUAUGCAUUGGAGACCCUUGUUCUGUACAUAUUUCAUGUGUUCAACAACUGUUUUACUGGACCACUUGAGGUGUUAUACCGUUUCUUAGAAUUCUUUAGCAACUUUGAUUGGGAGAAAUUUUGUUUGAGUUUGUGGGGGCCAGUUCCUAUAAGUUCACUUCCAGAUAUGACUGCGGAACCCCCGCGGAUGGACACUGGUGAAUUGUUGCUGACCAAGGCCUUCCUGGAUAGAUGCAAUCAUCUGUAUGGAGUUAUGCCUCGCACCCAGGAGAACCAGGGUCAACCAUUUGUUUCAAAGCACUUCAAUGUUAUUGAUCCCUUACGAGCAAAUAACAACCUUGGAAGAAGUGUCAGUAAAGGCAAUUACUUUAGAAUACGCAGUGCCUUCUCUUUUGGGGCAAAAAGGCUGGCAAAGUUACUCGAAUGCCCAAAUGAAGAUCUGAUUGCUGAAGUAAAUCAGUUCUUUACAAAUACAUUGACAAGACAUGGGAGUGGGAAUCGUCCCGACGCGCCUACACCAAAUCUGUUUCCUAAACAUGCUCUGAAGGUUGUCCCUGCUGAAGCAUCAAACAGCCACGAGAAUGCAACAAUGCCCAAGAAGAAGAUGGAAAAACCUAAACUUCGAGCUAAUCAGGGCAGUCUCACUGAAGGUUCUCACAGCUAUGCUGAACCUAUUUCUCAACAACCUCAGAGAAGUGAUCUACGCUCUCGGAAUUCACCAAAGGCAAUUCAUCCUGCUGUUUCUCAUGCACAGCACCAAAAAGUUAACGUGACACAACCCAACACCAAGGUCUCUGAACCGCUUGAAAGGAACAGGUCUGGUGGAUCGAUGCCAAGUGAAAGGGAUGGGAGAAUGCCAAAUGCCCUCUUUGUUAAUGGCCGAAAUGGGCAGAACAUGUCUCCGUUUGCAAGAACCCAGUCUAGUCCUGAACUGACAGACCCUUCUAUUGAAGGAUAUUCUCGUGGAAGGCGAACUAGAGUGGUAGAAAUGGAGAAGCCUGUGAACAAUGAUUACAAUAGUAGAAGGAAUAACUUAGUUCCAGAAGUGCCUAGCAACCACAGCACUAAGUCUUCACAGGAUGAGUCAAUGUCUUCCAUGAACAGUUCAUCUCACCCUAGUGCAAAAGCAGCUUCUGAAUCAAAUAGUGUUUCCAGCAGCUAUCAUGAAGACAAUGGUUUCGUGAUUAACGAAGAACUUCCUUCUGUAUCUGAGGCACCGGAGAUGCAGCAUGAGGAACAUGCUCUAGUUAAUCUAAUGGCAUCCGCAAAGUUGCAUGGUUUCAAUGGACAAGCUCAAUUGCCAAUGCAAUUACCUUCUCAUAUGUCUGUAGCAUCUUUGCCCUUACUGCCUCCAACAGCUUUUCCUCAAAAACCUUUUGCCGGGAUUCCACCAACUAGCUUAAUUGGGAGCCAGUGGUUGCACAACAUGCAGUUUCUCCAAGGAUUUGUUCCACCACCUAUGGCCCAUUAUACUUACAACCCUUCGUUUACAACAAACACAGAGGAUGGUAAUGAGAGUGAAAAAAGUACUACAUCAGAUUCGAAUCUUGAUCCUGGCAACACUCAGUAUGAGUAUGGUUUUCGGUUGUCUAGAAAUUUCAACCAUGAAGGAAGGGAUUCACAUGUGCAUCAUUUUGAUGACAACAACCGUUCCUCUUCACCUAAUGGUGUAUCUGGCUCCCCCUUGGACAGGCAGAUGCAAUAUACUGUUGAGGAUAGCAGAGUAGUAGAGGAAAACUAUACUAACAUGUUUCAAAAUCAAACAAGUAGAGAAGUCAGGAGAAAUGCCCCCAUGAGUAGUGGAAAUUUGAGAACUACACAACCCAGUUCUUCCAAAAGCAAACCUCUUUCAGAGAGUUCGUGGGAUGAAAGAGCUGCAAAAACAUCACGAGCUUCGAGGGACAAAUGGGAAAAAAAGCCUGCCUUUCCAGCCCCUGCCACAACCACACUCAGCAUAAGUAAGACUGGUUGGCAGACAGGAAAUAGCAGUGACCAUAUGCCGACAGAAGCUGAUGAAGGCGCCAGGAAUGGUGUUGUAGUGCCAGUUAUUAGACAUGAAGCUUCGGACAUAGUAACAGGGUCUGUCUCGUCAGAUCCAUCAAGAACCAGUCAAGUACGGAAUGAUUUUAAUGCGUCAUGGAUGCCUAAUCCCAUGUUUGCACCUUUUCUUAUUGGUUCCUCUCAGCAGAGGCAAGCUGAUAACUCUGGACUGACUUUUGUCCCAACAGGUCCGCCAGUUCCUUUUGUUGUGCUCCCAUUUGUUCCUGGCAAUAGUGAUGGAUCUGUUCCACAGUUCGAGGGAAAUGACGGAAUUGAUCAGUUUCCUGUCAAUGUUGCUGUUCAAAAUUUUAGUUCACUCAAUGAUGUUCACCAACCUGAUAACAGUGCUACCUCAACGACAUCAUCCAGUACUGUAGGUAAUCCAUCUUACGAUCACAAGCCUGACAUUUUGAACAGUGACAUUGCCAGCCAUUGGCAGAAUUUACAAUAUGGACGAUUCUGCCAAGAUGCACGCCCCAUGGGUCCUGUAUUAUACCCUUUUGCAGUGCCUCCAGGGUACAUGCAGGGGCAUGUUCCAUGGGAUGGGCCUGGAAGACCACCUUCACCGAAUGUCAACUGGACACAGAUGGUGGGUCCUGGCCAAAGAGCCUUUCCUAUGAUGCCUCUACAGCCUGCUUCAGAAAGAGUUACUGCUGUUCCUCCGCACUAUGGAGAGCAUGCACCCAGAUACCGUGGUGGAACAGGAACCUACUUGCCAAAUCCUAAGGUUCCAUUCAGGGACCGAGAGCGUCCCUCGAGUUCAAGAUACUUAAGAGGAGGUUAUAAUAGUGACAAGGGUGACAAUAGUGAUAAAGAAGGAAGUUGGGCAAACUCAAGACAACGAAAUACAGGCCGCAACUAUGGACGUAGCCAGUCAGAGAGGUAUGGCAUGAGGUCUGAUAGGCAGACAACAGAUGAAGGUCAGUUUGACAGGCAGCGCAGAUCCUAUAGAAAUGACUCACACAGGCAUGAGGCAGGUGCUCAAUACCUUGGACAGGGUCAAUCUCAUGGAUCCACAAACUCUGCUCGCAGACCAGGGAAUAUCACCCAUGGGGUUUACUCAUCACCAUAUGCAGUGCCAAAUGGUGUUGGUGCUUCAGAUUCACCAUAUUUUAUGGUUUACCCAUACGAACCAGCUGCAAAUCACGGUUCUUCCUCUGAACCGCUUGAAUUUGGUUCACUGGGGCCAAUCUCUAUGGCAGAUGAUGGUGAUCUACCACAGCCCACUCGCCAAGUAAUGGCCAAUGGCUUUUAUGGGCAAAGACAUACUGCAUUUAGGGUUAGUUCCUCUCAUUCAUCUCCUGAUCAACCAUCCUCACCUCAACCUCGCAGGUAGCUGGAAGGAUGCGAUAGCUUGGCUCUGAUACUGAACCGAUGCACACCCUUCAGUUAAUAUUUAGCUCUGGUGCGAGUGAUUACGUCAUACGCGACUGCAUAUUGUUGGAUCAUCUGGUGCCCAGAGUGCGCAUGUGCCUUUCUGGUAAGCAGCUGGUGGCCAGAUACCCCACCAAUAUUUAGUUCGUCCAAAGAGACAUCAGUCAGCAGCAGGUCAUUUUACUGGCAAGCAGCUGAUGAUACUUUGAGAUGCCUCGGGAAUAUUUAGUUCCAUGGAAAGACGCAUCAGUCAUUUCAACAUGCUUUACUGGGCUUUCUGAGACUAAAGCAGAAUCACCUUCUGAAUAAACCAUGGAACCGGGAAGACGAGAAUAUAUCCUCUUAUUGACCCAAAGGAUAUGAUCAAGGAAGGGUUAAGCGAGAAUGCCAGCCCUCGUACUGCCAUCUCGAUAUCAGAGACAAGACUGGGAAGUCAUCGGAUUCUACUAGUACUGCCUGGACAUCUAUCCAGAGCCGAAAGCUAAUAGUGAACUCAUGUCACUUGGCAGAAGCAAGAUCAUGUAAUCAUGUUUUCACAUAUGGAAAACUUUCACGUUAGAUGUAUUAGGGUUUAAGAAUCUUGAAGUUGAGUUUCUAGCUUCAAGGAAUAUGAUUAUCUGUAUUACUCUUUGGCUAAUGAAAAGAUCGUUUGAUCAACUUCCUUUUCA